AUAUAUAUAUAUUUGUAAAAUCUCAACUAAUUUCUAGAUUUAACACAGGAUUUGUUAGUAAUGACGGAAGGUGAUGAUAUACCUCGAACUGAAUUCAACAGAUAUGGUUGUUUGCUGGUUGGAUGUUCAUUUAUGCUUAGAUUGAUCAGCACGGGGAUGUCCCAAUCAAUCGGGCUGAUCAUACGGGAACUGAUAGAGGAAUUCCAGGUGGGCAAAAGCGAGGCCAAUGGAAUAGGCUCUUUUAAUACAGGACUGAUGCUACUGUCAGGUCCAUUGGCGGGUUUGGUAGAACACAAGCUGGGAAUUCGUGUGACCGUGAUACUGGGUUCCCUCAUAGCGUCUGUCGGACUGGCCUGUUGUAUGUUUGUCCCGUCUUUCCACGUCUUGUAUGUCACAUACGGAGUUAUAACUGGUUUCGGGUUUUCGCUAUUGUCCCUAUCGUCCAUGGUACCCAUCAAUAUAUACUUCCAUGAGAGACGGACAUUAGCGAACGGUCUUUCCAACAUUGGCGGAGGGGUAGGCACCAGUGUAUUUCCGUUUGUCAUAGCCUGGUUAAUGGAAGAGUAUGGAUGGCGAGGCCUCUAUCUCAUCCUGUCUGGAGUGUCGCUCCAGGGGGUCAUUGUCGGCCUUCUUCUGAAAGGAAAUUACCGUAAUCCAAUAAAAAAUGCACAUUUAAAUAAGAAUGGCGGAGAGGGAGAGAGACAGGAUGAGCAAAGUAUAUUACAAAAGAUUAAGGCGUUGUAUACUAACAAGUACUUCGUCCUUUACGGGGUACUGUCCUUCUGUGUUGAUAUGGUCAUCCUCGUACCCUUCUUCAUGAUUCCUAUAAUAGCGGCCGCUAUUGGACUGUCGUCAAGGCAACAAGCAAUGAUCAUAACAGCCGCCGGAAUAGCAAGCAUCUUCCUACGACCGGCAAUAGGAAUAGUUGUAGAUCGAAUAAAGGCAUACACAGUCACCGUGAUGGGCAUUUCCGCAAUAAUUCUGGGCGUAUCCACAUUGGGACUGCUUUACCUACAGAACUAUGCUGCCUAUAUCGUAUACGGCUGUAUAUUGGGGACGACUCACGGAACCUACCUUCUUCUUAAACCCAUAGUUCUUGUUGACAUAGUUGGAAAAGAAUCAUACGCGUUAGGACUGGGUUUUUUCAGGUUAUUCUCUGGAACAGCCGUCAUCACUGGACCUCCAAUAGCAGGUUGGAUAAUGGAUAUCCGUGGACAUUUUGACUGGCUGUGUUACUAUGGAUUAGCUGUGUUUACGUUUGGAGGAUGCCUCCUCAUCAUAUUCAACUUUUUCCUCAGAAGACGACAUAUUGAACAAGAGGAAACUGACUAUAUUGUUGUGUCUCAGGUGGACAUAGCAGACAACCCUGCAAACACAGAUAUAUCAUUUACCACAGAAAAAACAUCACUCAAAUCUGAAAAACAAGCGAACACACCAUGAUGAGAGUUAGGUUGGAUACAAAAUUAUGUAUGUUAGUUUACACUUUACUUUUCAUUUCUUUAUUGUUGCCACAUAGUUGAUAUCGAGAAAACCAAUUAAAUUUUGAAAUUAA